ACGCGGUAUACGUGAACUCGAACGAUGGCCGGCAGCCCCUGGAUGACAGACGAGCUUCCCAAUUAGGGCCUAGCAUCUAACACACGGAGACCUCGCAUCAACCCUAUAGGCCGCCUGGAAAUGAAUUCAAGCUCUGAUGCCACACCAAACACCUUACCCUCAACUGCAUAUUCUCCAUAGCUUGAAAAAUGGGAAUCACACGGUACAAGGCCUUAUACCAGUGGAUUCUCGGUGGCGUGAUGUCGAUUUGGAACCACAUACGCUCCCGCUCCGUCUUUCUGACUGCUCGGACAAGUACAGACGACACAUCUGAACGCGAUGAGAAUCACAACACGUCUGAGUCACAAAAACGGCAAUUCUACGCCAGAGGAUGUUGGUCCAGACUCGUCGCCCGCUUGCGUCCCUCUAUCAUGGAUGCACGUACUUUUCUCGAGUCUGAUGACGAUGGACUACGGCCUCCGAGGGACCUCUCUCUUCCGGAAGUCACCAUCUCCGCCUUCACCGAGAUGGGCCAAGCAGAAUCCUCGAUUAUCGUUCCAUUACAACGAUCCUAUACCGGUAGGAAGCCCGUAAUACCAUCCCGCCUCGCCAACACUCCCUGCACAACCCUCGGUCUCCAAGGCCUCCUGGACCAACUCAACACGACACUCGGGACAUCCCACACCCUGCACACCCCAUCCUUCUCCUCCCUCCUCUCAGACUGCCUCACGAAUAACUACGACUUUGGUACGGCAUACAGCCGUCUCCGGCCGAUAUGGUACACCCGCGACUGGAGCACCAUCCGGAGUUUACUCCGCAGAAAAGAAGAGGAAGAUCAGGAGAUCCGACGAAAAGCACUCGCUGGGAACCGGAUCGUCAAUCCGUGGUUACCACCCCGACGCGUCUGGGAUCUAUACAGCAACCGGGUGGUACCAUGGUGGAUCACGGACGUUGAUGGGAAACUCCGCUGGCCUCAGCCAAUAUCACACGCGUGGGUAGACGAGAAGGAUCGUGCCGACGUGUGGACGCCUAUCAAUGGAUACGAAUGGCCGGUCCCCAUCCCGAAAGACAGUGACCUCAACUUUAUACGCAUCGAGAUGCUCAAUCUCGGCUUGGAGUACGCGUGGUUGGACGUUCUCUGUUUGAGACAGGUGGGCGGACCAGGGGAGGAUGUGCGUGCAGAGGAGUGGAAGCUGGACGUACCGAUGAUUGGAGCAGUAUAUCGGGCGACCCGUGUGGUGUUAUACCUGAAUGGGCUGGGUCGGUCUUUGACUUUGAAAGAGGGCGACUUGGAUAGUGACCGGAGCUGGUUUAGACGUGCAUGGACAUUACAGGAGGUUGGUUGGAGGAGAGUGUUUGCUGGAGAUACACUGGAUGGACCACUGCAAGCCAAGCCAAUAGAUGAGAACGGGAACUAUCAGACCGAGCUCCUGACCAAAUUCCACAAACACCUACAGUCGGUGCAUAACAUCCCCCGUCAAGGCGUAUUCGCAGUCCUGGAGAGCAUGCAGAAUCGGGUGUCUACGAACCCAGUGGACAAAGUCGCGGGACUGGCGUGUUUCCUUGGGUCCAAGACGAUACCGGCGUACUACGAGAGCCAGUCUCUCGAGGAGGCAUGGACUGCGCUGGUGAAUUCGAUGGAUAAGGGGCUGAGGGGGGUUUUGUUUGCCUGGUUUGCUGGGCCGGGGGAUGCUGGUACCAAGUGGAGACCUUCGUGGAACCAGGUUAUGAGGGUGCCUCUGGAUGGGGGGUAUACUUUUGGUGUGAACGUUGACUUGGAGGGGGAUGAGAAUUGGUGUACGGUGGAUUGUAUUGAGGGAAGGUUGGAUGGGCGUGGGGAGUUGGUUGUUAGAGAUGGGGAUGGGGUGGAACGUGGAUUCAAGAUCGUGGUCCCGAUACCUGAAGGCAUGUAUACGCUCAUUUGCCCUGAUUCGGGAAACUGUUUGGUUGUUGGGAGGACACUAUCGGGGAAGAGGUUUGAGAAAGUGUCUGUAGUCAAGCUGACUGAGGAAGAAAGCGGACGGUUGUGGGAUCUGAAUAUUACUGAAAAGCGUCGGUAUAUUCUUGUUUGAGUGAGUACACGUGGU